AUGAGUGAUUUCUUGGAACCAAAGGAUCAAUCAGCUCCUACCCCAGAUACAUCUCGCUGGCCUCUUUUGCUAAAGGUACUUGCCAAUUAGAACAUCGACAAGCUUCACGUGAGAACUCAUCAUUACACCCCAAUUCCAGCUGGCCACUCCCCUCUUUCGAGACCUCUUCCAGAGUAUCUCAAGUACGGGUUCAUCAAUUUGGACAAGCCAUCAAACCCCUCCUCUCACGAAGUUGUUGCCUGGGUCAAAAAGAUCCUCAAAGUCGAAAAAACUGGGCACAGUGGGACACUUGAUCCCAAGGUCACAGGAUGUCUCAUCGUUUGCAUCAACAGGACCACAAGACUUGUAAAAAGCCAGCAAUCCUCUGGGAAAGAGUACGUGGCCGUUGUUCGCUUCCACCAGCCAGUAGAAAGCGAGAAAAGCAUUGCCAAAGCCUUAGCUCAAUUAACAGGGCCUUGCUUCCAAAAGCCUCCACUCAUUGCAGCAGUCAAAAGAGAGCUUAGAAUUAGGACAAUUUAUGAAGCAAAACUUCUUGAUGUCAACGAGGAAAAAGAUUUGGCUGUCUUUUGGAUCAGCUGCGAAGCCGGAACAUACGUUAGAACCAUGUGUGUCCACUUAGGACUAUUACUUGGAGUUGGAGGUCACAUGCAAGAACUCAGAAGGGUAAGGUCAGGCAACAUGCACGAAGACGAAAACAUGGUCACAAUGCACGAUGUCCUGGACGCCCAAUGGGUUUAUGAGCACACAGGUGAUGAGACUUAUCUCAGAAGAGUUGUCCUGCCAUUAGAAUACCUCUUAAUUACUUUUCCAAGAAUCGUGAUAAAAGAUAGCAGUGUCAAUGCUGUUUGUUAUGGUGCAAAACUCAUGAUUCCUGGAGUUCUGAGAUAUGAGGACGGCAUUGAGGUCGGAAAAGAAGUAGUGAUCAUGACUACAAAAGGAGAAGCAGUGGCUAUUGGAAUCGCGGAAAUGACCACAGCUGUCAUGGCUGACUGCGACCAUGGAUGUGUCGCUAAAAUUAAAAGAGUGAUUAUGGACAGAGAAACUUACCCUCGCAGGUGGGGUCUGGGCCCUCGUGCCCUACAAAAAAGACAAAUGAUACUUGCUGGUCUUCUUGAUCAAUAUGGAAGACCUAUAGAACAAAAGACUGGUCCUGCAGUUGACCAAUAA